AUGGGCGAGAAGAGAAAUUACACGGAGAUUGAGAUUGCUAGUUUUGAGGAAGAGCCUUCGGUUGCUGUGGGGAGCUUUUUCAAGGGUUUCCGUGUACCAAAGAAGACAAAAUUUGAAUUAUACAGGAACAAAUCAUCACCAGAUAAGUUCAAGAUUCAUGGCGAGAACGAUAGAAUUGAGUGUGACGGCGUAACUGAUGACAUUUCCGUGAAUAGCAGUCAAUAUGUGGUUGGGGUGUACGAUCCUUCCAAAAAAUCCGUCCAGCUUUUCAAAGCACCGGUUCUCGCAACAAAAGUCAUCUCCAAGUCCAAAAAAAACUUGGCGGGCCCGGACAUUAAACAAGAAAGUGCCCGUGCUGCGAUUAUGCGCAAUGCACUGGGUGAAGCAUUCGGUACCAAGAAAGCUAAAAAGGCUAUCGCAGACUUGGAGAGAAAUCGUAUCGAUUCAGAUAAAUUGGUAGACGCCGCCAUAGAUAUAGUGGACUCCGUCAAAACUGCCUCCAAAGACCUACCUACCAAAGAAGAGUUGCAACAUUCAGCCACACAAGAUAGAACUACACCAGUGCCCAAUUUGGAUGCAACUGACGUGGAACAGAUUUAUCCAAUUCACAACAUAAUACCCAAGAAUGAGUGGCAGUUAAUUCGCGUUGGCUCUUUAAUAAAAGAACUGGACACUGAAAAGAGAUUGGAAUUCUUUCCUUAUGCAAAAUCAAGCUAUGUAUCUAAAAAGUCUCCUUCGCUCACGCAGUCCAGCCAAAUUGGUAAAUUACAACUGCUUUAUUAUUUAUCUCUUCUUUUGGGUGUUUACGAAAACAGGAGGGUGAAUAACAAGGCAGCUUUGCUGGAAAGAUUAAACUCUCCUCCAGAAGCACUUGUUGACGGUAUUUUGGAGCGGUUUACUGUAUCUAGGGCGGGCCAAUUUGGUAGAUCUAAGGACCGUGCGUUUUUUGUCGACCCUCAAAGGGAAGACAAGUUACUCUGCUACAUCUUGGCCAUUAUUUUGCAUUUGGAUAAUUUUAUCGUUGAGGUCUCCCCUCUUGCUCAAGAAUUAGGUUUGAAGCCAUCUAAGCUGGUGAAUCUUUUCAAAAAUCUAGGAGCUAUUGUAAAAGGUGCUACCGUUGCACAGGCAGACGCGUUUGGCAUUCCAAAGAGCGCAGCUUCAACUUACAAAAUUGCAACUUUAAAAGUCCCCUUCAAACUUCCAGAGACAAGCAGAAGAGCGCGGGCUUCUAGGCGUUAA